CAUUCUCUCUCUAUUUAAUUUUUAUCGUGCCCAUAUGGUGUAUGGAAAGCAUCAGAAAACAGUGAGGAACGUUCUAGGUUUUCAAUUUCAUAGAUUAAGCAGUUACUUUCCUACAAGAUUUCAUUCUUUCAAUAUCCUUUUCAUCACGAAAAAUAAGUAAAUAACAAAUAAUCUGACACCAAAAUCUCGUGAGAUUUGAUUCUGGAGAAGUUUUUUCAGCAUGACAUAUAUAUAUAUAUAUAUGGCCACGCCCAUGCAUUCUCAUCACGCAAUAUAGUAUAGAUCCACCACCAAAUCCCUCUCCUUCUUCAUUGGCUGUUACAAAAGCCGACGCAUUUGCUCAAUUAGAAACCAACAUUCUCACGAAACUCAUGCACUCAACAUUAUUAAUCUUAUCCAAGUAGAGCCCAGGUUCUCUCAUCUACACUAAGAAAAAUAGAUAUCUGAAACAAACCCACCAAGCCAUUUUGCUCAGCAAUAAUGUCUACUGCCACAAACCUUGAAGAGAACCCAAGUAAGAAAACCUUUCAAACACCUUCAUCUCCCCCACCUCUAACUCAAAAAUGGCCUGCUAGCUUAUCAAAGAUUAUGCUUUCGGAGCUAAAAGCGCAAAGGGGAAUUGCUGUUCCAUUGGUAGCAAUGAAUUUGUCAUGGUUUGCAAAGAUAGCAAUCACAACAGCGUUUUUAGGCAGGCUUGGGGAGCUCAAAUUGGCAGGAGGUGCACUUGGGUUCACGUUUGCGAAUGUCACAGGCUUCUCUGUCCUGAACGGCCUCUGUGGCGCCAUGGAACCCAUAUGUGGUCAAGCUUACGGAGCCAAAAACUUUAAACUCCUUCACAAGACCCUUCUCAUGGCAAUCUUCUUAUUACUACUUACCACACUACCUAUAACUUUCUUGUGGCUCAACGUUGAUAAAAUUCUCAUUUAUUUUGGCCAACAAAAAGACAUUUCAAUUGUGGCAAAGACCUAUCUCUUCUAUCUCCUUCCUGAUUUGGUAAUCACUUCAUUUCUAUGUCCACUCAAAGCCUACUUGAGUUCACAGAGUAUAACUGUUCCUAUAAUGUUUAGCUCGGCUCUAGCUCUAGCUGUUCACAUUCCUAUCAAUAUAUUUCUCGCAAAAGUUAAGGGUCUUGAGGGAGUUUCGAUGGCAAUUUGGAUCACUGAUCUCAUGGUAGUGAUUCUACUUGCCUUAUAUGUGUUUGUAAUGGAAAAUAGUAGAGAGAGAGGGUGGAAGGAAGGUGGGUGGUGUGAACAAAGCAUUAGUGACUGGCUAAGGUUGAUCAAGCUCUGCGGACCUUGUUGCCUUACCGCCUGCCUUGAAUGGUGGUGUUAUGAGAUUUUAGUCUUGCUCACAGGGAGGCUAGGGAAUGCAAAGCAAGCUGUUGGAGUGUUAGCAAUUGUGCUAAACUUUGAUUACUUGCUUUACUCUGUGAUGUUAUCAUUGGCAACAUGUGCAUCCACCCGUGUGUCGAAUGAGCUUGGCGCAAACCAUGCCGGUCCUGCAUACCAGUCGGCAUAUGUGUCUCUGGGAGUGAGCAUCGUAGCCGGUUGCAUAGGUGGUGCGGUGAUGGUAGCAGCCAGAGGAAUAUGGGGGCCUCUGUUUAGCCAUGAUAAGGGGACCAUAAGAUGUGUAAAGAAGAUGAUGUUGCUAAUGGCUUUGGUGGAAGUAGUGAAUUUUCCAUUAGCAGUAUGUGGAGGAAUUGUCCGGGGAACAGCUAGGCCAUGGUUGGGUAUGUAUGCCAACCUUGGUGGGUUCUACCUUCUAGCUUUACCCUUAGGUGUGCUUUUAGCCUUCAAGGCCGCACUUGGACUUGGUGGGCUGUUGAUUGGUUUCUUUUUGGGAAUGGUAGCUUGCUUGGUUUUACUACUGGUCUUUGUCAUAAGGAUCGACUGGGAUGAAGAAGCGGGCAAGGCACAAUUACUAGCACGUGAUGUGGACAUUGUUAAGGAAGAUGAAAACCACUCAAUUGUAGAGACAGGUAAAACUGCCCAAGUCUGAGAAUAACUGAAUAAGUUGUAACCAUUUUUUUUUUCGCCUUUAGCAUCAAAACAUAUGCUAAAAAAUAAUCAAGUGAAUAGGUUAAAUUGAAAAUAUAUGACCCCAUAAAACAUUGCUGCAAAGUGCAGACUCCUAUACUUGGGCACAUUGCAGACCAAUGUCUAUUGCGGUCCUUAUGUAGUAAUCCUAAGCAAUAAUUUGGAAGCCCAGUGUGAGACUUGCCUAGAGUGUUUCAGAUCCUCGUUUCAUUGUUCCCUCAAGGAAAAGCCCAUUAAGUAACGAAACUGCUGGCAAGCGAGAAAGGUGUGACACAACAAGAAAAUAAGUUAUUGUCAUAAGACUCAUAACACUAACCUAACCGGCAAACUCCAUCACAUGCCCUUAACAAUUUUUCACGCAAAAGCGUCCUCAAUUUGGGACAAUGGAAACAUUAGGCAUUCAAUAAAAAUUGUAUCCAUAUGAAGAACAACUUAUAUAGCUAGGCAAUCUCAACAGGGAAGCAAUCUGAGAAAGUCCUAAUGGAAAUGUCCAUGACAGAACUUGCAACUUCAAAAGAAAGAAUAGACAAUAUCAUUGAUCCAUCUCCAAAAAAAUAUAGAAUUACAAGUAUAUAUGGUAACAAAAAUCAAAUGAAUGUAUCAAUUAUCUACAAAUCCAGGUUCAGAACUUAAGACUCCAGCUCUUUGGCUUUCUCAUCAUUAAAGCCAUUAUCUUAUGAACUGGUGAUUCAAUUACUUCAGACCAUAUGCCAAGAAGUAGAUGAGAUGUCGUAAUUUCCCCAACAUCAACUGCAGGUCACAAGUCAAUGAAGCAGUAAAGGAUAAGAAUUCUGAUUUGAACAACUAUGGAUCAACGGGCUCUAUCUGCGUUUCACUACAACGUUAAAACGUUUAACGUUGCAUUUAGAAUGUUCAUCACAUUACUGUAAUACCUUUUUUUUUUUUCUUUUUGAGAAACACGUUAGGACAUUACUCUGUUUAGUCA